CUGCUGCUGCUGCAAGCCCCGCACCGACAGCAGGUUGUAAACUGCGAUCAAACAGUUGGACCCGGACUCCUGAAGCGGCUUUUAUCUGUGGAUGUGACUGCAGCCGGAGACGGUUUUUUCUUUUUGUCAUUAAACUAAAGGAGCUCCUCCACAGACUGCCUGCUGAUGUGAUCCUGUCAGGUUUUUUUCCAAGAAGACGCCUCCUCCCACCCUGGACUUUGAGAUCUCAUUUAGCGAGUAUGCAAAUCUUCGGACAUUUGCUUUUUUUGUGUUGGAUAAGGGCCUGGAUUUCUGUAACUGUCGAGGUAAACGAUGAAGGAUAAUGACCAAGAGAGUGUUAAAAAGGCCACGUUUAGACAGACUAACGAAUGAAGCUAGUUGGGAUGCCAGUGCAGAGGGGUCCAGCAAAAAACUGCAGGGUGGUCUGCCAAGAAAGUUGAACCUGGCUCAACUUUUGCUGCAGCAUAGCGUGACAUCAUCCAGCAAAGGCACUGCGUCGGCAAAUCAAAUGCAUUCAACUGCACAUUUCGUGUCAUAAACUUUUGUGCAAUAUUUUGGCACCAGACGAGCCUUUAAAUUCACUCAAACUGGACUGAGUUUGGAUUGGAUUGAGUUUCAUGCCUCACACAACCCCAACAACGCAGGGCUGAUUUCAGUCUGAGCGUUUGCUAAUGGGGGCCUCUCAAAGGUGCAGGUCAUCCAUAAAGCCUUCUUCCCGUGGUCCUCUUUUGUUUGUGGGAACAUUGUGGCUACUGUCAGUUGUUAUAAUGACACAUGCUUGCCCUAAGAUCUGUCACUGCACGGACAGGAACGGCGUGGUGGUGCAGUGCACCUCGCGCAACUUGGAGAGCAUCCCACCAAACUUGCCCAAGGACACGGUCGUUCUCUUGCUUUCGUCAAACCGGAUCAGACACAUCCCAAAGGAAGCCUUCACAGACCUCCACCGCCUCAGGGAACUGGACUUAUCUCACAACGCCAUCGAGAGCGUGGAGGUCGGUGCCUUUCAAGGAAUUUCCGAAAACCUACGGACCAUGGAUCUUUCAAACAAUCACCUCAGCAGCCUCCCUAAGGACACCUUCGCCAAGCUCCACGCCCGAAUCCGUCUGUCCCAAAACCCCUGGCACUGUGAGUGCUCUUUACAGGAGGUGCUGAGGGAGCUGAGGCUCGACCCCGAGACGGUAAACGAGGUCAGCUGCUACACAUCUGUGCAGGAGGAGUACGUGGGACAACCGGUCAUCCAAGUCUUGGACUCGGGGAUCAACUUUUGCAACUUCCACCACAAGACGACAGACGUGGCCAUGUUUGUGGCCAUGUUCUGCUGGUUCUCCAUGGUGACAGCGUACAUCAUUUACUACAUCAAACACAACCAAGAGGACGCCAGGAGGCACAUGGAGUACCUCAAGUCACUGCCCAGCACUUCCCACAUUAGCAAGGACUACGACACAGCCAGCAGUGUGUUUUGACUGCGUCUGAGAAAAGAUGCAACUGUACCAAUAAAUCUAGAUGAAAGUGCACCAAUGAAUAUGUUUACGGUAUAUAAGGAGCAUUGAUGGAUGACAGCUUUGCAGCACAAAGACAUAAGGAAGGGAAAACUCAUCAUCAUCAAGUACAAGCUGGAAAGUAGCGCCAGCUCCAAAAUCAAAUGAAGGUUAUACUUUCAGCUCAUUAAAAACCUUAAAUGAGGGACCAACAGGAAAAACAUUCAGAGGAUUCAAGUCUCUUUGUUUUCCUUCCCUGGUAGAUGUGGCAGAUCAUUAUUUUUCAAACGUUAUGUAUAAUGCAUAAAAGAAGACGAAGCCCCAAGCAGUUUUGCAUGUUCAUCUUGCCAGUGAGAUGAGACGAACCUGAGAGCCACUUCAGUGUCAAUCAGCGUUCGGGGAAAUUAGUCAAGCUUCAGAAAGAAAUAUCACUUCUAGGUUGUUUUUGUGAGGUGUUAUGAUGUGAAU